UGCCUCGGCCUUGGGGGGAAUGUCAGUGAGUUAUCGCGAGAAGGGACGGAAGCCUGUUGGGGACCUGGCCUUUAAUGUGCGGUUCGACCCGUCUGCCCGGGGGUCCUUUCAAUAGCUAAAACCUCUGACCUACUUGUGGCCCACCAAGAAGACGUUUUAUGUGAGGCAGCACUGGUGUCCAGACAUUCAAAGCAUGAUGGUUAUAUUCUAGGGCUUGAAAAUCUUCCCUGAUGCGAUCCUCUCUUGCCUCAGGAUUAAGUUUGCUAAUUGGAGCUUUCGGCUUGUGUUCUAGGAAUCUGAGAGAAGCUGUUCCAGCCCCUCCAGUUCAUUGCCAUGAAAAGGAGAAUGUGAUUAAACUGCUCACCUUAUGAAAUUUGGCUUACAUGUGAAUCUGCCAGGUAAUACAAAGACCUGUGGAAUAUGAGUGAUGACAAACCCUUUUUAUGCACUGCCCCUGGAUGUGGCCAGCGUUUUACCAACGAGGAUCAUUUGGCUGUCCAUAAACAUAAACAUGAGAUGACACUGAAAUUUGGUCCAGCUCGUAAUGACAGUGUCAUUGUGGCUGAUCAGACACCAACACCAACUAGAUUCUUGAAGAACUGUGAAGAAGUGGGUUUGUUCAAUGAAUUAGCAAGUCCUUUUGAAAAUGAAUUCAAAAAGGCUUCAGAAGAUGACAUUAAAAAAAUGCCUCUAGAUCUAUCUCCUCUUGCAACACCAAUCAUAAGAAAUAAAACUGAAGAGCCUUCAGUUGUGGAGACAACUCAUCAGGAUAGUCCUUUACCUCAUCCAGAGUCCACUACCAGUGAUGAAAAGGAAGUGUCACUUCAGCAGACUGCACAGCCUACAUCAACAAUAGUUCGUCCAGCAUCACUGCAGGUUCCUAAUGUAUUGCUAACAAGUUCUGACUCAAGUGUUAUUAUUCAGCAGGCAAUACCUUCACCAACUUCUAGCACUGUCAUUACCCAGGCUCCAUCCUCCAACAGGCCAAUAGUACCAGUACCAGGUCCUUUCCCUCUGCUGUUACAUCUUCCUAAUGGACAAACUAUGCCUGUUGCUAUUCCUGCCUCAAUCACAAAUUCUAAUGUUCAUGUCCCUGCUGCAGUUCCACUUGUUAGACCUGUCACCAUGGUGCCUAGUAUCCCAGGAAUCCCAGGGCCCUCCUCCCCACAGCCAGUGCAGUCAGAGGCAAAAUUGAGAUUGAAAGCUGCCUUGACCCAGCAGCAUCCUCAGGUCACAAAUGGAGAUACUGCCAAGGGGCAUGCUAGUGGAUUGAUUAGGACUCAGUCAGAGGAAGCCCGACCACAGUCAUUACAACAGCCUGCUACAUCAACUACAGAAACACCGGCUUCCCCAGCUCAGCCCACACCACAAACCCAAAAUACAGGAGGUCGUCGAAGAAGAGCAGCAAAUGAAGACCCUGAUGAGAAAAGAAGAAAGUUUCUAGAGCGAAACCGUGCUGCUGCUUCAAGAUGUCGACAAAAAAGAAAAGUGUGGGUGCAGUCAUUGGAGAAGAAAGCAGAAGACUUGAGCUCAUUAAAUGGUCAAUUACAGAAUGAAGUCACCCUGCUGAGAAAUGAAGUGGCACAGCUGAAACAGCUUCUUCUGGCUCAUAAAGAUUGCCCUGUAACUGCCAUGCAGAAGAAAUCUGGCUAUCAGACUGCAGAUAAAGAUGACAGUUCUGAAGACAUUUCAGUGCCAAAUAGUCCACAUACAGAAGCUAUUCAGCAUAGUUCUGUCAGCACUUCCAAUGGAGUAAGUUCAACCUCCAAGGCAGAAGCCGUAGCCACGUCAGUUCUCACCCAGAUGGCGGACCAGAGUACAGAGCCAGUGCUUUCACAGAUUGUUAUGGCUCCACCUUCCCAGUCACAGCCUUCAGGAAGUUGAUUAAAAACUUGCAUUGCAACAGUUUCUUAGAUAUACAUUUGUGACUUUAAAGGGAAAUCAAGACCAGUCUCCAUCUAAAAAGAUAUGUAGCUUAAAAUUAUUCAUUUUUAAAAUUCAAAUUUAAAUUUGGCUUUAAAGAUUGUCAGAUGGGCAGAUGAAGAGGAGACUGAACAGCAGUUUCUAGUCUCCUUGCAGAAGAUGGAUUUUUUUUUUAAAGUUGAU